UGUCCCUUAUAGUUCCCAAUGUUCAACAUCCCUUCCAUCUCAAAUCUCUUUCCAAUUUUUGCACCACUUUCUAGUUUCACACACAAUACACACGAACACAAAAUUAUUAACACGCUUUGUUUCACUUUUAUAAAACACACGCUUUCUCUUUCUCCCUCUAGACUAUAGCUAGAAAUUAAAUUAAACUUAUGGCUUCUUCAAAUGGAUUUGGCUCUAGCACUACCUCUUCAGGAUCUCCAUGUGGAGCAUGCAAGUUUCUCCGUAGAAAAUGUACAUCUGAAUGCAUAUUUGCACCUUAUUUUUGCUGUGAACAAGGACCUGCUAGAUUUGCAGCUAUUCAUAAAGUGUUUGGUGCCAGCAACGUUUCCAAGAUGCUGUUGCAUAUACCUCCUCAAGAUCGUUGCGAUGCUGUUGUCACAAUUGCUUAUGAAGCUCAAGCUCGUAUUAUAGAUCCUGUUUAUGGCUGUGUCUCCCAUAUUUUGGCUUUGCAGCAACAGGUAGCAAGCUUGCAAGCACAACUGAUGCAAGUGAAGGCACAGCUGAACUCUAUAUCUCCUAAGAGUUCGUUUGAUUUGAUUGAUUAUAACAGCUGCAGUAUCAGUGAUGGAAUGAGCACGCCAGACAUUCGAAGCAAUAGAGAGGGUUUCACUUUCUUAUUCCAAGGUUGUUCUAAGAAAAAUAAUGAUUUGACUGAGCUUCAAGAGCUGGCUCUCAGAAUGGCAGGCAACUAAAAUUAGGUUAAGCUAUAAUUAAGGCUUCACUUAAAUCUUAACUGUCUUUAAUUUGCUUUUC